AUGGCGUGGUGUGUGGAGCGGAGCCUGUCUGAUCCUACUCCACCAUCUUCCGGUCACACCCCCCAGGAGCCACCACCAUGUUUCACGAGCCCUAUCCUUUCCAUAAGUUCAGCUGAGCGUCCCUCACACACCGAGAGAGCGUCAGCUGAGCGUCCCUCACACACCGAGAGAGCGUCAGCUGAGCGUCCCUCACACACCGAGAGACCGUCAGCUGAGCGUCCCUCACACACCGAGAGAGUGUCAGCUGAGCGUCCCUCACACACCGAGAGACCGUCAGCUGAGCGUCCCUCACACACCGAGAGAGCGUCAGCUGAGCAUCCCUCACACACCGAGAGACCGUCAGCUGAGCGUCCCUCACACACCGAGAGAGUGUCAGCUGAGCGUCCCUCACACACGAGAGAGCGUCAGCUGAGCGUCCCUCACACACCGAGAGAGCGUCAGCUGAGCGUCCCUCACACACCGAGAGAGCGUCAGCUGAGCGUCCCUCACACACCGAGAGAGUGUCAGCUGAGCGUCCCUCACACACCAAGAGAGCGUCAGCUGAGCGUCCCUCACACACCGAGAGAGUGUCAGCUGAGCGUCCAUCACACACCGAGAGAGCGUCAGCUGAGCGUCCCUCACACACCGAGAGAGCGUCAGCUGAGCGUCCCUCACACACCGAGAGAGCGUCAGCUGAGCGUCCCUCACACACCGAGAGAGUGUCAGCUGAGCGUCCAUCACACACCGAGAGAGCGUCAGCUGAGCGUCCCUCACACACCGAGAGAGCGUCAGCUGAGCGUCCCUCACACACCGAGAGAGCGUCAGCUGAGCGUCCCUCACACACCGAGAGAGUGUCAGCUGAGCGUCCCUCACACACCGAGAGAGUGUCAGCUGAGCGUCCCUCACACACCGAGAGAGUGUCAGCUGAGCGUCCCUCACACACCGAGAGAGCGUCAGCUGAGCGUCCCUCACACACCAAGAGAGCGUCAGCUGAGCGUCCCUCACACACCGAGAGACCGUCAGCUGAGCGUCCCUCACACACAUAGAGAGCGUCAGCUGAGCGUCCCUCACACACCGAGAGACCGUCGUCUGCCCAGCCAGUCAAGCAGAACGUUAGAAGAAAAGCCUAUUUUUAGGCCCCGAUGCACUUGA